AUGAGAUUAUUCCAAUGUGCCGUCAUGGGUUCUGGAGGUGUUGGAAAGUCAGCUUUGACGGUGAGAUUUAUAAAUUCUAGUUAUUUGGAAUGGUAUGAUCCUACUAUUGAAGAUUCAUAUAGAAAACAAUUCACAGUAGAUGGACAAGCUUGUUUAUUGGAGAUACUCGACACGGCGGGGAUAGAACAAUAUCUCACUUUGAAUGAUUUAUUCAUAAGAGAAUCACAAGGUUUCGUAUUAGUUUUUUCAUUAACACAAAGAGAUACAUUCAGAGAAAUCGUCAAAUUGAGAGAUACGAUCUAUUCCAUUAAAUCGACAUUUGACAUACCCAUAGUGAUCGUAGGAAAUAAAUCUGAUUUGGGGGAUGAAAGAGAAGUAGAAACUUCCGAAGGAGAGAAAUUAGCUGAACGUUGGGGUGUUAAAUAUUUCGAAACUUCCGCCAGAACGGACACAAAUGUUUGGUUAGUGUUCGAAGAGAUAGUUAGGAAAAUAAGAUCAUCAGAUCAUUAUAAACGUCCUAAACGUCGAAUGAAAGGACCGAAAUGUGUUAUCAUGUGA